AUGACGACAGGAGGGGACAGCAGUGUCACAGUGAGCACCGUGGUGGAUCUGCAGAAGAGAAUUACUGGAGGUCAAGACUGUGGACAAAAUGAGCGCCCUUACCAUGUGAAGUUGAGGAUAACUGAUGGUACCCAUGAGACGUUUUGUGGUGGCUCUCUGAUCGGUGACCAGUGGAUUCUGACUGCAGAACACUGCCAGGAGCCAGGAUGGAAAAUAUAUGCAACUUUAGGUGUGCAUCCAGGGCCAGGAACACCAGUGGAAAUCAAAUCAGCACCUGUUGUCUUUAAGCGCAAAGAUGUCUUGAAGAUAGACAGGAUUCAUGACAUCAUGCUGCUGAAGCUACCUGAACGUACUAAGAUUAAACCUGUGCAACUUCCUGACUGUAACAAUUGUCCCAAACUAGGUGAUACAGUUCAGAUUGCAGGUCAUGGAGCCACAACUACAGGCCCAAAUAAUGAAAUACUGGAUGAUGUAUCUGCUACUCUCCAGUGUGCAAAUACCAAGAUUGUUGACUGUCGGGGGCUCAGAGACUGUGUGGAGAAGCGUGGCCCACAGUUUUAUGCAUCUAAACGUGAUCAACACUUGUUCUGUUGCCAAGAAGAAAACGUGGAUAUCAGUCCUGGUGACUCUGGUGGAGGAGUGGUGUACAAUGACAUGAUUUACGGUGUCAUUUCUUUCCAUGGCAAUCCAACCCAUGCCUGUGUUGAACCAGCUGCAAUGAUGGACGUCUGUGGAUACAAAGAGUGGAUCACAAGCGAAACUGGCGGUUUCUUCACUAAAAAGGUCAAAACGUUGCCAUGUUUUGGCCGUUUUUAACUGUAAAAUGUCCUGCCAUUUAACAGACAUUUCCAUCGAUUGGUUCACAUUAAAUGUUCAGCUGUUACUUGUAAAACCCUUUAAGACAAAAAAAUGUCAUGAUUCUGCAACAUAGCUUCACAAGGUAGUGUCUAAGUUUCUAAUUCAACAGAUUUUCUAUGUUAUCAUACACUGUGUAGAAAAUCCUCAAAGGGACAAACGCUAUAGUCUGCUGCUUUUUAAACAAUGCUGAUAAAAAUGAUAAAUGACUUUUCUCUCACAAGAUUGUGUCUGUUAAAAUAAAAUUGCAAUGCAUCACAAUCAUUGUUUAACAGGUUGCUGUUGUUUGUAUUAUUGAUCCUCAAAAAAAAACAUCUUUUAACCUGCAAGUACAGAUGUUAUUUGACCACUUGAGGCGUCAGAAACAAGUUGUAAUAGUUCAUUUACACUUUUGGCAGUUCAGGAGGAUUGUUAUCAUGGACACCUGAUAAAUGUAAGUCUAAAUAUUAACUCUCCUUAAAGCUGUGUUUUUUUGUCUUGACCAACUCCUGAGGCUGAUAAUUGGCUAUUGUUAACCGGUUAGCUAACUGUGUCUGUCAGCUGUCUGGCACUGAGCAGACAGAGUACAGUGGGUUUAUAGAGCUUUUUGCCUGCUGUGUGUGAAGCAUCAAUAAUGAUUCAACUGAUGCUUCACACACAUCUCCAACCCAGCAGCACAGUAGACCUAUACAAUUACAGCAGUUUCAGGUGGACAAUGUCAGAGAACUGUUUUUACAGAACGUUAUGAUGUCACUGUGAAGUUAGUAUCUGAAUUAUUAAGUUAUGACAAAAACAGCCUGCCACCCUCACAGCAGAAGUAUAGAAGAGAAUAAAGUGUUGAGAAAAAAGGGAGCUAGUUUAAAUCAUAUAUUAUUUUGCAAUUGCAAUUUAUUUAUUUAAUUAUUUUGAUUAAUAAACAAUGUACAAUGUAUUACAAUCUAGCAUGAGAUCCAUUUUUUCCAAUUCAAUUUUAUUUAUAAAGCCCAAUAUCACAAAUCACAAUUUGCCUCAGAGGAAUUUACAGCAUACGACAUCCCUCUGUCCUUCAGACCCUCACAGCGGAUAAGGAGAAACUCCCCCAAUAAAGUAGAGAUGACAGUGUAUUACUUCAAAUAUAGACAUGUAUCUGAUCUGACACUUGAAAGGUAGUAUUUAUUGCAGGACUGAAGAAAGAGUCAUUCCCAACUGCUCCAAUUAUUUACUUAUUUAUUUCUGCUUACAAUAUUCAGUAACAAGAUGCCGUGGAAAGCUUGGACUUCAGGUCAUUCUGGCUAAUUUCUUUCUUAAUUCUUGGUCUGAAAGUGGCAGUUUCAGUUGGGCAGCACUUACCUGCUGAGUAAAACAUGUUUAUGAAAUCAGACAUGAAUCUGCCUUAAAGAUGCAGUUUAGACAUUUAUAUAACUGCUGAUUCAAUAAAUUACAUCUACUGCAUGAAUCACAAUGCUGAAUUUAUCAACAGGUGAGGCAGUUGCCGUUGUGGAGGAUAUUUCUCGUCAACUCAUAGAACCCAUUGGCUCAGCUAUGAGCCUAGAAAAUAACAAUCUGCUAGCAAGAAUGAAAGUCAAUAACACUGCUUAUGGUAUGAUUUGACAGUAUGUUGAACAGCAAGACUAGCUAGCUAUCCAGUGAUGUCAUUGUCCCAAAUCAAUAUCAAGACAUUCACUAAUAAGCAACACACCAUGUGUAGUGUUCCUGCUGGCUGCAGCCUGAAGGCCCUGACACACCAAGCCGACGGUCAGCCGUCGGUCAAAGUUGGACCGUCGGUGAGCGUCUGUCGGCCUAGUUUUUGCAGUGUGUCCCACACCGUCGGCACUUCGGCGUUGGCAGCUUUUCAGCUGAUUGAGCAUGUUGAAUCGGCAGCGGAGCUUGUUGGUGAGAGAGAUCACUCUGAUUGGCUGUUCAGGUUUUAUUUCCUCGCCCCGGUAGCGAGUGAAUCUGCCUGUAGUGAAACCGGGGCUAACCGGUGCUUCCUCUUCAGACUCCACUUCACUCAACUGCCCGACAGACCCACUGCUUCUUCCCACUUUAACCUGAAUAACAAACUGGGGCUAGCUGUGAGGCUAGCGGAGCGUUAGUC